AUGGGGAAGCUGCACGCUUUCAUUAUUUCCUUCUUGCUCCUGAGCUUUUCUCUCAUCUUGUGCCAUUUGACAGAAGCCAAAUGCUUUUGGAGAAUAAAACACAGUGAAGAUGAUGGAGAUUUGCUAACUGACUGUCUAUUUUUUCUUUACACAUAUUUGGAUCUUCCUGUAGAGGAAGAUUUUUAUAAGAAUCUCCUUGAUUUCAGAAUACCAACAUGGAAAUAUGAGUUUAUUCUGAUACUGCUUUUUGCUACUGAUGAAAUAAACAGGAACCUUUAUAUCUUACCCAACACGUCUUUGUUAUUUUCCAUGUAUGUUAACAUGUGUUCUGAUACCCUGAGAGCAAUAGAUGAACCAAGUUCACCACAAAGCAAUAGUUUAUAUUUCCCUAAUUAUAUCUGUGGAGUGUCUGUAUAUAUGGUGGAACUCACAGGAUCAUUAUGGGCUAUGUCUUUAAAACUGGCAACCUUUCCCCCUUCUCCAAAGGUUUUCUUUGGACCAUUUCAUCCUAUUCUGAGUGACAAUGUCCAUUUUCCCCAUGUCUACCAGAUAGCACACAAGGAUACAUGUUUGCCCCAUGCCAUGGUCUCUUUGAUGCUUUAUUUUACAUGGACCUGGAUAGUGCUGGUCAUUUCAGAUGACAACCAGGGAAUUCAGUUCCUUUCAGACUUGAGAGAAGAGAUGCAAACUAAUGGAGUCUGUUUAGCUUUUGUGAAUGUGAUCCCCGAAACCAUGCAGCUAUACAUGACAAGGGCCGUGAUAUAUGAUGAACAAAUCAGGACAUCCACUGCAAAAGUUGUUGUCAUUUAUGGUGAAAUGAACUCUACCCUGGAAGCCAGCUUUAGAAGAUGGGUAUAUUUAGGUGUCCAGAGAAUCUGGGUCACCACCUCACAAUGGGAUGUCAUCCCAAGUAAGAAAGAUUUCAGCCCUGACCCCUUCAAUGGGACUAUCACUUUUGCACACCACCAUGUUGAUAUUCCUAAAUUUAAGAAUUUUAUUCGAACCAUGAACACUUCCAAAUAUCCAGUAGACAUUUCUCAGAUGAGAGAGAAGUGGAAUUACUUUAACUGUUCAGUUUCCAAUAUCUAUAGCUAUAGCACAAUGAAUCACUGUUCAUUCAACACUUCAUUGGAAUGGUUAUCAGAACAUAAGUUUGACAUGGCUCUGAGUGAAGAGGGUUACAACUUAUACAAUGCUGUGUAUGCUGUGGCCCACACCUACCAUGAAAUCAUUCUUCAACAAAUAGAGUCUCAGCAAACUGCAGAACGCAUAGGAAUAUUUUCUGACUAUCAGCAGCUUACUUCUUUGCUGAAGAAGAGGAUAUUUACUAACCUUGUUGGAGAACUGGUGAAUAUGAAUCUGAGACAAAAUCUGUGUGCAGAGUAUGACGUUUUCAACAUUUGGAGUUUCCCACAAGGCUUUGGAUUAAAGGUGAAAACAGGGGGCUAUUCCCUUUAUUUUCCACAGAGCCAACAACUGCACAUAUCUGAAGACUUACAAUUGGCCAUGGGAGCAACCCCGGUUCCCAUCUCUACAUGCAGUGUGAUAUGUGCUCCUGGAUUCAGGAAAUUUCAUCAGGGACAAGCAGGAGACUGCUGCUUUGAUUGUGCCCAGUGCCCAGAAAAUGAGGUUUCUAAUGAGACAGCAGAUAUGGAACAUUGUGUGAGAUGUCCAGAUGACCAGUAUGCCAACAGAGUGCACACAUUCUGCCUGCAGAGGCAUGUCUCCUUUCUGUCUUAUGAAGACCCAGUGGGGAUGGCUCUGGCUUGCACGUCCCUGGGUUUCUCUGCACUCACAUCUGUUGUACUUGGUGCUUUUGUGAAGCACAAUGACACUCCCAUUGUGAAGGCCAAUAACCGCAUUCUCAGCUACAUCCUACUGAUCUCCAUCACCUUCUGUUUUCUAUGCCCAUUCCUAUUCAUUGGGCAUCCAAAUAUGGGCACCUGCAUCCUGCAACAAAUAACAUUUGGAGUUUUUUUUACAGUGGCUCUUUCUACUGUCUUGACCAAGACAAUUACUGUGGUCCUGGCCUUCAAGCUCAAUACUCCAGGAAGAAAGAUGAGAUGGAUGUUGACAUCAGGGGCACCUAACUUUGUCAUUCCUAUCUGUACCCUGGUCCAACUUGUUCUCUGUGGAAUCUGGCUGGUAAUGUCACCUCUUUUUAUUGACAUAGAUUUACACUCUGAACAUGGGCAAAGCAUUAUUGCAUGCAACAAAGGUUCAGUCAUUGCAUUCCACCUUGUCCUGGGAUACUUGGGCUCUGGGGAGCUUCACUGUUGCUUUCAUGGCCAGAAUCUGCCUGACAGAUUCAAUGAAGCCAAAUUCCUGGCCUUUAGCAUGCUGGUGUUCUGUAGUGUAUGGGUCACCUUUCUUCCUGUCUACCAUAGCACUAAGGGGAAGGUCACGGUGGCUGUGGAGGUCUUCUCCAUCUUGGCCUCCAGUGCAGGGUUGUUAGUAUGCAUUUUUGUCCCAAAGUGCUAUGUUAUUUUGUUAAGACCAGAUUCAUAUCCUCUUCAAAAGUACAGUGAUAAAGCACUGCAUUGA